AGACAGUUGAUGGGAGAUGUGCAAAUGAAGUAUUUAUUAUUGGCUUUCUCCGUUUGAGUUCUCGUUCACUGUACAAUGUCUUGAAAAUCGAGCUUUUGUUUUACUGCAACAUGAUGUAAUGCUCUUCAAGCAAAUUUAUAAUGUAGGAUAAAUGAUAACAAAGUGAUUUGUUACAUUUGCAUUGGAGAAAAUAGGUUUAAUGAAAUACCUUUGGUUGGACUCAUGAAGGUGGUUGGCUAUCAAUCCUGGCAUCAACUUUUGUCAGUCUUAAUAUGCAAUUAUAUUCACUAACUACAAGGAAAUCGACUGUGGUUUAUCUAGAGCGACAAUUGUUUAAAUAUCGCAUGUGGUCAUUACAGUUUUUUGUCGAUUCGCAAGUUAACCUUGGUAAUUUUGUAGGAACCGUCAAAGAGUACACGCUCGUUUACAAUAUCGUGUCUGCAAUUUCUUAGUAAAGUUUAGGUUGACUCCUCAUCAGUUGAUUUGUCAUAUUGAGUAGUGGAUUAGUGGCAAAUCCUACGACCAAAAAUCAUUCUGGAUUCAAAAAAGCUAAGGUUACUCGAAGUCAGUUACACUAGAGCAGAUGUAUUCAUUAUUUAUCUUACAAAUCUAAAACCUGGUACUUCAUACUCCAUUGACUUUUCUGUUCUAACUCGUUAACAUCGAGUUUCUUCCAACUAUAUUGUUUUUUGCACACUCAUAUGCAAUCUGCUUUACUUGGAGAUGUUUAUUUGUGACCGAUUUAAAAGGUUGUUAUGUAAUCGACCAUUUGAAUCGAGUUGUUCUGUAUGCUAAGAUGCGUUUCUCCCUUUUCAACAGUACUUAGCUUAGUUGUUUAAUAUUUAAAUACAAAAUGAGUAGUAAAGUUUUCGACUGAUGGCCUGUAUAAUACCAAAGAUAAUAUCUUCAAUUAUAUGAAGCAAUAUGUUUGUGAAUAAAGGACUAAAUUUAAAACGAUUAGAUUCCAGGUUCGUCCCACGUCCUAUCUACUUUGAAUUGAUCAGAUGGGUAGUCUGUCUAUUUCCCAGCAAUCCAGACUUCAACUGAGUGUUGGAUCUCGUAUUUGGUUAGUAUCGUGAAUUAUUACUAUCAUAUUUAUAUCAUUAAUGUGAAAACUCUUGAUGUUUAUUCUGUGGUUAUAAAAUAAAUAAACUGAAGUUAAACAUCCAAUUUACGCCACUUAAACAUAAAAAAUUCACCCGAGUUAAUACGUAGCUCUAAAUUUUAGGUACAUAAAUCUAACUCAGUAAACAAGUAGAUAUCCGUCUAUCGCACUAUAAAUCAAAAAUAAUUUGCAGGACUUAAUGCCUGGAAUUAAUUUGAACGUCCCAAUCCAGUGGUCAAAGCUUAAAUGCUUACAUCGCUAUAAAAUCACAUCAAACAGGGAUACGAAAAGUCAAAUCCAAGGACAAUUAAUCAGCAAAUCGUAGUUGGAAAUCAUGUUUUUUUCUUCAGAAAUCCCUUAUCACUCAAAAUGGAGGUUGUGUGGACUAGUUUUGAUAAAGAACUGAUUAUGAGGAAGUAAAUUAAAUCAGUCAGCAACACUUAAAUCAUACCGAUAAUUAAUUCUUAACUAGAUUUGUUAUUAAUUUCAGGAAGAUAGAUAUUGUUGGGAGAGGUUAUUCUGGUUAUAACACUCGUUUGUGCAAACCAUUACUUCCAAUCCUCUAUCUAAAUAAGGACUCACUAAAGGAUUGUAAAUUUUUCUCGGAGCUAAUGAUGCUUGUGCCACUCCACAACAGCAUGUACCAGUUGAAGAAUACAAAAGUAAUCUAAGUUGGAUGAUUGAAUAUAUUCAUAAAUUGGACGUGCCUACGGAUCACAUUUCACUAAUCAGUUUACCUCCUAUUGAUGAGAAUAAAUGGGGUGCUAUUGAAAUAGCUAAAGGAAGGGCAAUUACACGAAGACUAGAUACUUGUGCGACCUAUGCAGUUGCAUGUCAAGAGGUUGCCAACGUCAAUGAAGUUAGUUUUGUGAAUUUAUAUGAAGCUAUGUUAAUGCAAAAGAAUUGGGAGUCUUUUCUUUCAGACGGUUUACACUUUUCUAGAAAAGGAUCUGAGUUUUUGGCAAGGAUCUUAGAAAACUUACUUACGGAUAAAUUAAGUGACUUAAAGUGGUGGUUUCCGGAUUGGAAAGUUAUAAACCCGAACGAUCCAGCGGAGUUUAUCAGUCACUAUCUUCAGUCCCAAAUGUGAUGUUUUCUAAAUGACGAAAGACUUCUACGUGGCUUCGCUAACUAUACUUAUUUAGAUACAUUGUGAUUGUUUCAAUUGUCUUCAUUUGUUAGUUCUUAUGUAGAGUUUAAACUUAUUUGGAACAUAGAUAAAUGUAAACUUGAAUGUUCUAUUACAACUAAGAAUAUGGUUACUGUCCCUAUUACUCUACGAUUUUCCAUGACAUUUCCAUGUCGCUGUGUGGCAUGUUAAAUCAAUGUACACUGUUAUGUUUGAAGAUAUUACGAGUUCGCCUAAUCUAAAAACGGAACGAAGACUAUGUGAUACAAUGACAGAUAGGCUAGCUAUUCCGACGCGUCCCAACCCCGCGAACUAGAGAGAGAAGUCCAAGUUCGGAAGAGGCAAAUAUAUUCCACAAACAGCCAGAAGCACGAACAACCACGACAAGACUAGUCGGAAAUACACUCAUUUAUAUAUUGAUUCAUAGACCCGUUCUUGAUUAAUAAUUAGAAUAAAAUCAUAUAUAUGAAAAAUACUUAGUUGUAACAAAUCAUAUGCUGAGUAUUGUUCAUGUUAACUUAAUACAAGUAUAUCGUAUGUUAAACAGAAUAAAAUGCAAUAUGGGAAAACGAAACAAAUACUAUACUGAGUAGUCAUCACAUUGGAUUAAAACGGAAUUAAUGUUAAACGAAAAUCAUAAUGAGUAAAUCAACCUAAUUUUGACUUUUCAUCCCAAGUUCUACGUUGUAUAAGACUAACGAGCAUGCCUUACAUAUCCCGAACCACUGCCUUUGUUGACAUACAAUGUUGGCUGUAGUAAAAAUACGUUAAAACAAGGGUAGGUGUAGCCAAACUAUGAUAUAGUAUCAGUUCAUGAAACAAAGAACUGCCAGCCUAAGCCAUGUUGUUAAGUGCAGAUUACUAUAACAACGAUCAAUGAUUGAAAAUAUUUGGUGAUAUGUCCCAAAUACAUCCACUCUUUUAUCCUUCCUUAGAUCUUCAGUCCCUACAGUUCUUUAUUAUUUAUUUGAACACAAAUAUUGGUACAAAGGGGCACCGAUUACAUAUGCGCCGCACAUUCACUUGAUUUGUGUGUGGGCUGUGACACUGCCCGAGUGCCCAAACCUGAGUAGGUGGUUUCCUUAGGGGGCCUUCGACCUAAAAGUCUAAUCCACAAGACAGUUUAGCAACGUCGGAAAAUGCAGUUCCAUGGUAGCCGGUGGUCGGCAAUUGGUUCAUACACCAUUUGUUCCCUCAGGGUCCUGGACCCCGUGUGGGCCACUGGUUCGGAAUCAGGGCUUUCCAACUCCAAUAGGUGGACCCUCCGCGUCCACCAACCCGGUUAAAGCGCCGGAAAUUUGCUUUUCAUCCUCUCGAUUUUGUAAACAACACCCCCACGCGAUAAGGUAGUGAGUAGGACUUUCCUGACCGUGGCUAUAUAUGCGUAGCCAUAUGAGAGUAUUUCGAGAGGGAGAGCCUACUCUCCCCACCCUAGGCCGCACCAGGGCAUUUGGGGGCACAGUCCUUCACAAAUACACUUUAUUGAACCAUUUUUCUCGAUGACUACUCUUUCUCACAUUUAUUGAUACUAGUACUUCAUUGGCAUUCAUCUUUUUAAUUUAAUAUGGCUGUGCGGAUGUUUUAUGAGAACUUACUUUUGCGACUUUAGCCCGCCUAAUUAUCACAUGACUUAUUCGCCAACCAGAAUAGAUUUAUACAAUCUUAGCACUAUGCUAAACCAAUAACGUACCGACCGGUAUGAACAGCCUAACGUCCUUAUUGCUCCUUUUCCCUCCUAGCCUGCCAGUUGGGAACAGAACACCAAUACCAGCUCACAUCAUACGAAUCAUUUAUUUCAAACAUGUCUGGUUUAUAUACAAGUCAAACAGACCAUAUCACAUCACAAAAUAGAAAAUAAAAAUUGUACAAAAUCAAGCCAAAAAGUGGCUAUGAUUGUGGGUGACGGUAAGUAAUAAACUAAGCAUAAUUUAAGAACAGUAAAUCGUAUCGUCUAUAGGUCAAAAUAAAGCUUAUAAUAACAGGAAUAUAGAUAUACAUAAUUUAGUUACUGAAUAUAUAUAUAUAUAUAAUAUUGGUCCAUUAAUAGUUCUCAGAAGUUACCUAUAAUUUAAUCUUCACUAGGAUCUAACACUUACGCAUACCCACAUUUGUGUUAGGGUUUAUGCUGAAUAUGACCGAUUGUUAAUCCAAUUUUCAUCAAAAUUAUGUCCGUAAAGAAGAUUCCUACUACUUACCAGCCAUGUAAAUUUUGAUUUAUUAUAAACUAUGCCUAGUGUUUAUGAAUUCAGUCAUAUGCAAAGUAGAACCUAACACAUAUUUGCAUCAAUUCGAGUUAUAACAACACAGCGAAAUGCUGGAAAAGUCGAAGUAGUAAGAGUAUCAUCGUUAGCAGUAAAGACAAGGCUUAAAUGACAUGACCUGAGAAUAUAUGGGUUUUUGGAACAUAAAAGGACACGAUAAUUCCGAGAUCAAUGAUCUAAGGAAAGACAGUGAUAUUACCCGGGCCAUUGUGAUCUAUUUCGAACCGCGUUAUCCAAUAUCAUUAAUCACUGAUCCCAGUUAUCGUAUGGACCCUAACCAUGUAAUCCGCAUCUACCAACAUGGCUCGGAUCAACAGACAAUAACUUCAUGGACUAAUUGUUAGGUCUUAGUUUGGCCAUCCUUACCUUUCUUUCAGCGUACUCUUACACCAGAUAUUACCGGUCGAGACAAGCAGUGGCCAGACAUAUAUAACACAUGCCACAACCACCUCAGUCGAUGAAGAUUCACUAUUUCAUCAACCAGUUUGUCAUCUUGAACUAGUGUUCUACAUCUAACUUCAACAUUACUCACUCAGUUGACCCGAAGCACACGAGCAAUGCUUUGGAGGCACAUGUGACUGAAUACUAGUAAAUUAAAAAUAUCCUCUAUUCUUAAUGACCAUAGUAAAGGACUACAAUCCUUUUGUGAAAUCAGUUGCCGGAGUUGAUCUGAUCGACCAGAAGUAUACAUCACAGAAGUAGGUAGAAUCAAACAUAGCAAAGAACUCAGGUCAGCCACUCAACAAUGUAAACUGUACGUACGUACAUCAGUUCGAGUCGCCAUAUCAUAUUGGCACAGAGAUACAGUCGUCAGUUCAAAUCCCAUAGUGAUAGAGGUAGUAAGAGUAUUGAUAAGUCUUAUCGAUCGAACGCUAUAUUAGUUUCCUAAGCUAUUCUGGUAACCCGCAAGCUAGAACUACACAGCGACUUGAACACCAGAGAGAAGACGCACGUAUGAGGGAAAAUACUUUACUCCAAGGUUCAUUCUAUUACAGAAAAUAUAGGGCUUUUAUAAUACUUUAAGUGUCCUUGGGUCGCUGGAAUGCUACAAAGUAUAGUAGCACUGUAGUAACCAACCAAUGAGAGCUUCGCAUGUGACGUUUCGCUACCUUGAUGUUUCUGGCCAAAACUCCAAGCAAACGCUGAUUGGACAAGACACUUCUAAGUGCUUCUUCAUGCUUGCUCGUCUUUCGCAAGCGAUUUCUCGAUCACCCCAACAAGUAUAAGCAGUAGUCGAAAACACUAAGGUUCGAAGAUGUUAUUCAAGGAGUAUAAACCAGUGAAAUAAAUUUGGGAAGAGAAAGAAAAAGAGACAAGGAGGAAUCAGGAGGUUAGAAUUUGGGAGAACACAAAGAGUGUAUGCACCUGCGCCAUUGCAAACGAUUUUGAGCCAUGUCAUUCAGGAUCUCUAACCAUCGGUUGCUAUCAUCUCGCGGUCCCAAACCAGGUAGUCUACACCUAGCGACAUGGCUCAGACCACUUGUCAGUGACUUCAUGGACUUGUGCCAUGUUUUGGUCUGGCCACCCCUUGCUUUCUUCCAACCUACUCCUGUACCAGAAAACAUCGCACGUCGGGGCAGUCGGUCGUUGGACAUACGUAAUACGUGUCCCAGCCAUCUCAACUGAUGAACUUUCACUACGUCAUCAAUGGAUUUGCCAUCCUUACCUAGUACCCGUUUCCUAACAACUGCGUUACUUACUCGAUGGUCACAGGAUAUACGAACAAUAUUUCGAAGACACCUAUGAUCAAAUACUAGUAACCUACGAACAUCCUCUACUCUUACUGGCCAUAUUUCACUGCCAUAAGUGGCUGAAGGUCACUUGAACUG